CAAAGCAGCAAGCACAGCGGCAGUAGCGGCAGCAGCAGCUGGUAGAGGGAAGACGAGAAUCAAAUUAAGCCGUUAGUUAAGGUCCGGCCAUGGCUGCUCAAGCCAUGUUGCUCACUUCCAGUACAGUGGAUUUGAAGAGACAACAACUGCCAUUGAUUGAGAGGCUGAGGCCAAAGCCUUAUUUCUCUCAUUUCUUAUUGCCACCGCUUUCUUCUUCUUCUCCUUCAUCAUCAUCAUCAUCUUCUUCUUCUUCUUCUUCAUCCGUUCAUUACAAUUCAAGCCCCACCAUUGCUCUCUUCAAAUCAAAGGCCAAAGCAGCUCCUCCCAAGAAGGUUGCGACGCCAAAGCCGAAGGUUGAAGAUGGCCUAUUUGGGACCUCUGGGGGGAUUGGAUUCACCAAGCAGAAUGAGCUGUUCGUCGGCCGCGUCGCCAUGCUCGGCUUCGCUGCUUCGCUGCUGGGAGAAGCCAUAACCGGAAAAGGAAUCCUAGCACAGCUGAAUCUGGAAACCGGAAUCCCCAUUUACGAAGCUGAGCCUCUGCUUCUCUUCUUCAUCCUCUUCACCCUCCUCGGAGCCAUAGGAGCCCUCGGCGACAGAGGCAAAUUCGUCGACGAAUCCCCCACUGGCCUCGACAAGGCCGUCAUCCCUCCCGGCAAAGGAUUCCGGUCCUCAUUAGGCCUCAAAGAAGGAGGCCCGCUGUUCGGAUUCACGAAAGCCAACGAGCUGUUCGUGGGGCGGCUGGCUCAGCUGGGCAUCGCGUUCUCCAUAAUCGGAGAGAUCAUCACCGGAAAAGGAGCUCUGGCGCAGCUGAACAUCGAGACCGGCGUCCCCAUCAGCGACAUCGAACCGCUUGUGCUGUUCAACGUCGCCUUCUUCUUCAUCGCCGCGUUGAAUCCUGGUACCGGGAAGUUUGUCACGGAUGAAGGCGAAGAAUGAAUAAAUUAUUAUAAUUUAAUGCAAUUGAAUGGUUUGGGAAUGUUUCGCAACAAUCUUUAAUUUCCUGCUGUAAUCCCUCUCUUCUGUUAUAUCCAGUAAUACUCUUAACCUCGCUA